UACUAUGCCAUCGUUCAUCCCCUCCGCCGCCAUCUUUGGUUUCGAAAGCCUAAGCUAACCGUUCCAUUUAUUUGGAUCGGGUCACUGGUCUCCAUGUCCAUUUUUCUCGUUGUUCAAACCGUGGAGGACCACAAUUCCCGAUGCAUGCUAUCUGUUUACAUCUUGGGUGAUCCAGAUAGGGCUCUUCGAGGAAUAUACCUCCUCCUUUUCGUCGUCAACUAUCUCAUUCCCUUGGUCGUUAUUUCUUUCCUGUAUUCCAUUACUGCAUGGAAUUUAUGGUUCCAUGUUGCACCUGGAGUGACUACUUUUAGAGGAAAUCGAGUGCAACUCGAAACCUCCAAGAAAAGAGUGGUUCGGAUGCUCAUUAUUGUUACCUGUGCCUUUGCCCUUUGUUGGCUCCCACCACAAGUGGUCCACAUGAUGAACGUCAUUCACGCAUCAAAGACUUACCUACAUAUACAGCCGAUUGUCAGCUUUGUGUGUUUCUGGUUUGGACACGCUAACAGUGCCGUUAACCCAUGGCUGUACAUUUUUCUGAGCACCAAGAUAAAUAUGGCAUUUACUAGGAUCGUCAGUAGAAAAAGCAGCCAGUUGCCUUCAAGUCUCGCCAUCAAAACAUCAGAUGCCGUCUUAUCACCUGAAGAUGAAGCAAUCCAGAAAGAAUCAAGAAUAUAAUCCCUCUCAUAACAUGAAACUUUUAUAACCAAUUUGGUAACUGUAAGAUAGGAACCCGAUUAAAACGGAUUUCCGUAUUACUAAUUAUAUAAUAUAUUACAAACACCUACAUACGAUUUCAUAAAUGUUACUGUCGUAAUCCGAGUAAUUUCAUGACAAAUUGAUAAUUGCAACUAAUUUCUACAAGAACUGUUCUAUGGGCUGGUAAGAAUAAAAAGGGGAAUCCGUUACAGAGUGAACUAUAGGACGAAGCAUAUUGGCAUUGCUUCUUCGAUGUUUGAGGCAGUGUGGUGAGUGUGCUGAACUAGUUAUCUGGUGGUCCCGGGUGCAAGCUGGAUUUGUUCUCGUUUUGCCCUAAGGCCGAUUCUUUGACUUACUUUGUAUACAGCCAACUAGUGUGCCCCCUGCUGGUUGAGAUUUAUAAAAACUAUGAUUAUUUACAACGUCUGUUUUCCAAUUUGAUUGAAAUGGCCAUCAAAGCCUCAUGGGAAUAUUGGUCAAAAAGGAAACACUGACAUGUUUAUUCCGUGUUCCGGGUAGCGUUAAUUAGGUGUAUUUGCAUACCGCUUUCGCGAUAAUAAUUUAACGAACUAUUUCAGUUUAUAAUUAGCUGUUUUGAAAGGAGAUUUGUAACAGCCUUCGGU